GACGCGCAACACUACUAAAACCCUAGAGUUUUAGAAACCCUAAAAACCCUUCUCUUCUUUAUCUCUCUUCCCCCCUCUCUCUAGAACAACAUUGCAGAAUUCAAGAGGUUGUAUUUGAGGAAUUGAAAUAAAAGAAAAAUGCUUGUUUUGUUUGAGACGCCGGCGGGGUUUGCCCUAUUUAAAGUUUUAGAUGAAGGGAAACUAUCUAAAGUUGAGGACUUAGCUAAAGAGUUUUCCUCGGCUGACUCUGCUAGAAAGGUUGUCAAGUUGAAAGCCUUUUCGAAAUUUGAAAAUACGUCAGAGGCGUUGGAAGCAGCAACGAAGAUAAUUGAAGGAACAGCUAGCAAAGGGCUGCGAAAGUUUUUGCGUGCACAUUGUGAUAGUGAAAUCUUGGCUGUCGCUGAUUCAAAGCUUGGAAAUGCAAUCAAGGAAAAGCUGAAAAUAGAUUGUGUUCAUAGCAAUGCUGUCAUGGAGUUGAUGAGGGGUGUAAGGAGUCAGUUGACUGAACUGAUAUCCGGUCUAGGUGCGCAAGAUUUGGCUCCAAUGAGCUUGGGUUUAUCUCAUAGCCUGUCUAGGUACAAACUGAAGUUCAGCCCUGAUAAGGUUGACACAAUGAUUAUUCAAGCUAUUGGAUUGCUUGAUGAUCUCGAUAAGGAGCUAAACACAUAUGCAAUGAGAGUUAGGGAAUGGUAUGGCUGGCAUUUUCCUGAACUUGCUAAGAUUGUACAAGACAACAUUCAAUAUGCCAAAGCGGUGAAGCUUAUGGGUAGCCGUGAUAAUUCUGCUAAGCUAGAUUUCUCUGAGAUACUAUCAGAAGAAAUUGAGACUGAACUGAAGGAAGCAGCUUUGAUAUCCAUGGGAACUGAAGUUAGUGAAGUUGAUUUGAUGAACAUCCGAGAACUCUGUGACCAGGUUUUAUCUCUAUCUGAAUACAGAGCUCAGCUGUAUGAUUAUCUAAAAAGCAGGAUGAACAGCAUUGCACCGAAUUUAACUGCUCUCGUUGGUGAGCUUGUUGGAGCUCGUCUAAUUGCUCAUGGGGGCAGCUUGAUAAAUCUCGCAAAGCAGCCUGGGAGCACAGUUCAAAUUCUUGGGGCAGAAAAGGCCCUUUUCAGAGCUCUAAAGACAAAGCAUCCAACUCCUAAAUAUGGUCUUAUUUUCCAUGCAUCUUUGGUAGGCCAAGCAGCCCCGAAGACCAAAGGGAAAAUUUCAAGGUCACUUGCUGCUAAAACAAUACUGGCAAUUCGUUAUGAUGCUCUUGGAGAUGGCGAAGAUAGCUCUCUGGGACUGGAAAGCCGAAUCAAGCUGGAAGCACGGUUAAGGAGUCUUGAAGGGAGAGAAUUGAGUCGUACCGCUGGAUCUGCUAAAGGCAAACCAAAGAUUGAAGCUUAUGAUAAGGACCGAAAGAAGGGAGCUGGAGGGUUGAUAACUCCUGCCAAGGCUUAUAAUCCUUCUGCAGAUGCUCUUCUUGCACAAACUCCAAAUUCCACUAAUGGGAAUGAAGAAGAGAUGGUCCCAAAGAAGAGAAAGAAAGAUGACCAAUCUCUUACUGGAGGGGAAGUAGCAGAAGAAGCUCAACCUACCGGUGAGAAGAAGAAAGAGAAGAAGAAAAAGAAGAAAACUGAUGAAGAGGGAGCCACUUUGCAAAAUGGUGCAGCAAAUGGUGUUGCAGAUCAUGAAGAAGAUGAAGGGGAAGCAAAGAAAGAAAAGAAGAAAAAGAAGAAACAAAAAGCUGAAGAAAAUGAUGUGGAAAAUGCUGAUGAGGGCGAAAAGAAGAAAAAGAAGCGAAAACAUGCUGAACAAGAUGAAGAAUCCGAAAUUCCAAGCAAGAAGAAAGAUAAAAAGAAGCGAAAAAGUGAAGCUUAAGAAAAACUUGAAAGUUGAGAUUAGUGGCUUAUCUCAACAAUUUUGGAAUAGGAACUGGGUAGUAAAUCCAUACUUGAAUGUAUUUCUUUUUGGUUUUCUGAAGGUAGUUGAUGUUAGUUUCUUGGCUUAUCAGCAAGUGUAGUUUCUAGCAGUUUUUCAUAUGGACACAAUGAUGAUCUUUUGAAGAAGUGCUGCGACUAAUUCAUGAA